AUGGAUAUGGAUGAUGAUCCAGAUCCAGCAAUGCCACCGUCUGGGACGCCUAUGCAUUCCAUUGAUAUUUCUAGCGGGUCUUCUUUUGCGGGAUCUCCCUCUCGAGGUUCCGAUACUUAUAAAGAAUGGUUUGGGCAAUGGGAUUUUGUAAACACCCAUUCUUUUCAUAACACCCCACCACAGCAGCCACAUGGGGAGCCGCACUUCGAAGCGGUGACUCCACCACCACUGCCAGCUGAGGAACCACCUCAGCCACCUCCUGAGCCACCAAGGCGGAGGAGAAACGCACGCAUGUCCGUGCUAGGGGGACCAAGAUUUAGCUCCCUUCAAGCUUCCAGCAACUACCCUCCGAUUCCUGAAGAUCCACAAAUGGGUGGACCUUCACACGCGGUGCCGAAAAUUGAUACCACACCGGCCACCUUUGCACCACCGCCACCUCCAAUGGGUUAUGAAAACCCAAUACCUACCUACCCACGUCCGACUGGGUACAAACCGUACGAGCCACAAGCUCCUACUGGUUACCAUUAUCAACCUCCUGCCUACGACCCAUAUGUUGAGGCAGUUAACUAUAACGCUCUCUAUCCUUCACCGUUUCCGCCUGCAUACCCAACUGGGUAUCCAGUCCAAGGGUAUCAAUACCCUCCAUAUCAGCAACAACCACAACCUCAGCCUCCACCCAAACAACAACAACAUGGAAUCUUUCAAAGGCUAGAAGAGGUUGAACGUAGGGCAGAAGAACGUGAUAGAAAGGCCAACAAGUUCUUUAAAGGACUUGUAAAACUUAUCAAGGGAAAGAAGCAUGAUGGCUGA